AUGAAGAUUGACGAUCCCCUCGACUUCGAGGGGGAUAACGACCCCCUCCUCACCGUCCGCCGCCCCGCUAAGAGGAAGAAGGUUAUUGGGCUGGAUGAUCUCGUAGAAGAUUACUUUAAUUCCGGUAAGGAUGAGCUCAAAGCUUCUGCUGCUGCUAAGUCUAAGGGUCGCCCCAAAGGAGACAAUUCAGACGAUGAAGACAAGCAGGUCAGGGAGAAGGAGAUUGACUUCUGCAAAUUUGUGGAGGAGUGUGAGGAGAAGGCGAAAGCGAUGGAUCCUGGAGAGGAUGUACCCCAAUGGGGCCAGCAAGUUUUCGGCUGUCAGAAAUCACCCUCAGUUCUUAAUGGCACGGGAGUUGAAAAUUGCCAACUUUUGCAAUCAUUCUGUGGAGAUGAGCAGUUAGGUUUUGAUCUAGAAAUUGAACGAGGAGAGGGCUUUUUAGAAGGCAUGCUGAUCAAUGGAUGGCUUUUGAAGUUGGUACUCCUAUAUGGUUCUGUUGAAGACUCUAUAGCAUCAGGGGUGCUAACCAAGUUGCUGUACUCAUCCAAUAAGAAGUUGCAAGAUUCUGCAUCUGAAUUUUGGGAUAGUCUCCUUUCCCUAAAUGAGGAUGAUAAACCAUUGGUAAACUUUGGAUACUUUCCAAGCUACUCUAUUCUUAUGGGUGCUAUACUCAACUAUGGAUACCUACAUGAUGCUCCUUGCACUAAAACUUGCACCUCUGAAAUUGCGGUUGCAGACACUUCGGAUGGUGGUCCACCUCAAAACAUCACUGCAUGGUUAAGAGUUGUAUCUGCUUGCUGCAAAAUUAGAAAAAUGCAUGCCGUCUUCUCACCUUCGGAAGCGGAAGAUGUCCUUGUUAUUGUUAUUUCACUCUUUUUGGACCGUCGCCUUGAAGGGCUGCUGCUUAUUUUGGGAGAUUGCCUAAAUUCACUCAUCUCGUACUUCAAUACGAGUGAAUGGGAAAGUAGCUGUCUGAUUGUUGCUGAGUCAAUUUCUAAGAGGGUCAAGAUGGAUCUUAAUUGUUUAAGGCUUGUUGACUGCAUUACCGGAACCAACGACCGUAGCAAAUUCCUAAGGAGCCAGCUGGCCCUUCAGUUGCUCAAAAAUAGCUUCUGCCUUAAAGUAAGCAUGGUGGCGAAUGUUGAAAGGAUCCUGAAGUCGGUCACAUCGAUAAAUGUGAAGGAGAAAGAAUGCAAUUUCUUUGUGCUAUACGUGCACAUAGUUUUGAUGGACAACCUGCUCUUCUCUAGCGACGCGUUCAGAAACAAGACCGCGAUAAUCGACGCAUGGCGCAAUUUUCUACGCAACUGCUCGACCCAUAUAGGAUGCACGGACUGGAGGUUCUACGCUUCGAAGGUCCGGAACAAGGCGUCGUAUCUCCUGCAAGGUGCAAUGCUGAAAAGGCCUGCUGGCAGUGGUAGCAUUCCUGCCAAGUGA